AUGACAAUGACGAACAAGACCCUCCGUGUCCGAGUCUGGGGUGACCAAGGAGGAUGGGCCUUGGCUAACUUGGAGUGGUGGUGCAUGCAGGUCUUCAUCUUCAUCGGCGGUCUUCAUCUUCUUCGCGACAACUUCUCUGCCGACACUUCAUUCUUCAAGGUUGUUUUCGCUGCGAUCAAUGCGAACUUCCAGUUUGCAAAGUUCAAGAACACAGCGACAAAGACAUCAGCGGCCACUGCCGAGUGCCGACACAGACAAUUCAAGCUUCGUCAGUUUGGUCGGACAUCAGCUGUGUAUCAUGAUACUCACAGACUUCCACUGCGGACAAGUUCAGCACUUCCACUGCCAACGCAGGCUUUUCAGGCUCAGAUCGUCAGUCUGGUCAGAGAUCAUCAACGUCCGCAACCUCCCCUGGUCAAGCAAGCAGUGCGCUCGCAAGAGAGAGUCCCGCAUCCCCUCGCACAUGUUUCAACACAUCAUGCAACACUCAAGUCAAGCCUCAGCACGGAGAGUGAAGUCAGCACUCCUCAAGCAGCCAACAAGUCAAGUCCACGGCGACCAUCGAGGGGAUAUGACCUCACAAAUCCACUUUCUCCUGAAGAUCCAACAUCUUCAGGGGCAUGCACUGAUUCCGACUUGACGGCGGCGGUCACCACGUUGGUCGAGGUACCGUCAAGCCGCGUGAUUCAACAUCUCAUGAACGACCUGCCCCGCAAAAAACCGAUCCCAUCAGACAUUCAGUUACUACCGCAGCAGUCACCGUUCGAUCGAGGUGCCGCUUCUGGGGAUUGUGCACACUAGGGGCAAACAUCCAGUUCCUUACCACAACGGACGCCAUCAGCC